GUGUUGCCAUUAAAUAAUUAAGCGACAGCAACCGACCUGAUUGCCAACGGGAUUCUUUGAAUUGGUUUAGACCCUCACCUGCUACUGCUUCAAAUCUUCAAUCCAAUUCAAAUUGCAUCUACUUUCCCUCUCUAGAUCCGAUUGCCAAUUGCCAUGCCUUCAAGAAGAAGAACGCUGCUGAAGGUCAUCAUUCUUGGCGACAGCGGGGUCGGUAAGACAUCUUUGAUGAACCAAUAUGUGAACAAGAAGUUUAGCAAUCAAUAUAAGGCAACAAUAGGAGCUGAUUUCUUGACAAAGGAAGUGCAAUUUGAGGACAGGCUCUUCACUCUGCAGAUCUGGGAUACAGCAGGACAGGAAAGAUUUCAGAGCCUUGGUGUUGCUUUCUACCGCGGAGCAGAUUGUUGUGUCCUAGUGUACGACGUGAAUGUUCAGAAAUCCUUUGAUAGUCUCAACAAUUGGAGGGAGGAAUUCCUCAUCCAGGCAAGUCCUUCAGAUCCAGAAAAUUUUCCGUUUGUGGUUCUGGGUAACAAGGUUGAUGUAGACGGUGGCAACAGCAGAGUGGUAUCUGAGAAAAAAGCCAGGGCUUGGUGUGCCUCAAAAGGCAACAUACCAUAUUUUGAGACCUCUGCAAAGGAGGGAAUCGAUGUUGAAGAAGCUUUUCAAGUUAUUUCAAAGAAUGCCUUGACUAUUGGAGAUGAGGAAGAAAUAUAUGUGCCGGACACCAUUGAUGUAGGGAGCAACAGCCAACAGAGGGCCUCCGGAUGCGAAUGCUAAAAGCAAAUAUGAGAGAUUCUUUUGUGUAAAAUUUACUGCUUAUCGUUCCUUUUAAGGAUGUUGUGAUCUUGUAAGUUGAUAUUGAUACCCAUUUAUGGGAAAACACAAAUUGGAUGUCAUGACAAAUAUUCUUCAUGAAUACUUACGAAAUUGGUGGUUUCUCUAUAGUUAAGGUUCCUAAA